AUGAAAAGCAUAGUAAAAACAGAAGAAGAUUCUCCUAAAAAACCAAUUUGGGAAUCUUUAUUAGAAAGGGUAUAUCUAGUAAAUAAAUUAAUUUAGGGUUCAUGUAAAAAAGAAGAAAUAAAGAAAAAAAUUGAAGAGAAGAAAAUAAAAGAAGAAGAAUUAGAUCCAGAAUGUACAUUUAAACCUUCAUUAAUCAAUUAAAUAUGUAGAGAUUAUAAUAUUAUGAUUUUAAGAAUUACAAUAUGAUAAGCCAUUUUAUGAAAGAUAAUUAAAAUGGUUAGAAGAUAGAAAACAAAAAAUAAAUGAUAGAAGAGAUGGAUAUAAAGAUAAGAGUUUAGAAAAAUGUUCGUUUUAACCAUAAUUAGGACCAUCUCCUUAAAUAGCUGAAGUAGAUAUAAGAAACACUAAAGGAAUGGAUUCAUUUAUUUAAAGACAAGAAAAAGCAAGAAAAUAAAAAUAAGAAAAGAAUAUGUUAUUAAAUAAUCCAUAUUCUCAUUUAAGUUCAGAAAAGAGAUGUGUUUAGACAGUACAUAUAAAUAUUCUAUCUAGAACUAAUAAUAUUACAGUAACAAUCAUCCAAUUUCAAAGGAAUAUGAGUCUAUUAAGAAGGCAGAAAGAAUAGAAUUUUCAAAAGCAGUAGAAACAUCAUAAGAAAUAGAGACUUAAUCUUAAACAUAAUAAUAAUAGAAAAUGCAAUUAGGAAUGGCAAUGAAAAUGUUACACAAUCAAUUAUAUAAUAUUCAAUUUAAUAGUGAAUUUUGA